AUGGACGGAAGAAGAGGGACCAGAGGCGGGAAACUUCGAGAAAGCCUCGAACGGAUAGAAUUUUGGAGUGGAGGAGAGCCGAAGCCAGAGCCAUGCCGAGUAAGAGGAGUAAAAGGCCAGUUAUUAUCUGAUUGUGGCCACAAUUUCAGUAGACUCCUGCUCGGAUGGACACUCUUGAGUGACCAUUUUUUGGGUCUCACGGUGAACGCCGGGGUAAAAAACGAACUUUUCAUGUGGUUUAUGCUCUGGAAACCUUUUGUUACUUGCGAAGUUUCAUGCUCAGUUUUGGCAUUUUAGUGGUCUAAUGUAAUUUUACUUUACGGCGUUGUCUGGUAGGCUGACUGUUCGUGCCUAAUUCGUGAGGAACUCGUGACUAGAUUUUUGUUAUCCUGAAAGGCGUUUGGCACUGUUACGCGAUCGCUCUCAAAAGACUGUAAUAUCGAAGUAAUUGACGCGCCAAUUGAAUGACAGAUAAGACUUUAUACGUUAUUUCUGUUUGAGAAAUUCCUCCCCAAAUGAAAUGAAUCAUCGCGGUUGAGAGAGUGGAAUCGGGGAGGGUGAACUGAUGUUUCACACGAGAUCCUUGGGAUUUUGUUUAUUUUGAGUCCGUAUAAUUGAUGGUCAAGUGUUUUCGAGCGUCAUCCCGCCUGAUAAUCACCCCCUCGACUAUCCGUUUCUAUUUUGGGUUUUCUUUUGCCGUCUAGAAGAUGUCUAAAUAAUAUUUCAUAUUUUUUGCCAUCUGUAAUGUAAUCUUAGGAAAAGAAUUUCGUGGCGAUAAGAAGGUUCAGACUUUAUUGCUUUCUUUUGUUUACGACUUCCGAUUCAUGCCGACUGUUUCUUUUCUUUGUUUUCGUUCGAUCGUUUUUCUCGAUAAUAAGAGCCAAGUCAACUAUAAACAUAAGCUAGUACUGAUUUCAGGAGGCGGAAUGAACCAUCCUUUCCACACGAAUUAUAGCCUCCCUUCUUUGGAAGAUCUGGACUGGAAGGGAGACAAUUGGAAGGACCUUGGUCGUAUUUCAUUGGUCGUUUUCAUUUCUUUCCUCUUCUUCUGGUUGUUACAGUACACUGUGCGAUGGUAUUUGUUUGGAAAGUGUACCUUCAGAACGUUCGAUUACUUCAAGUUUGGAAGAAAACGACGAAGAAGACAUGUUCCUCCAUCCACGGAGCUUGAGGUAUGUUGUUUUAGUGAUUGAGAUGAUGUUUUUGUGCCGUUAUGUUACUUAUUGUAUUCGUUUUAGGCAGUACCUCCCAACAAGAAGUGGAGAACCUCCAAUGAAGCCGUCUCCUUGAUCCAUUCGGUUAUUUCUGGCCUCUGGGCCUUGUACGCCGUGUUAACCUACCCCAAUCUCCUCAGUGACAUGAUGUAUUUCGAACAUCCAGUGCCAAAGUUUUUGGUGAGUAGUGUCAGAAUACGUUUAGAGAUUGGUCGACUGGUUGCUUAUCCUAAGCUUUACAGAUAUACGUGUCAUUUGGCUAUAUUAUCCAUGAUCUUCUUGACCUUCUGAUCAACGAACGUUCCAUUCGAAUCCUGGAGCUUCUCUUCCAUCAUAUUGUAGUAAUCAUCGCCUUCCUGACGACCAUUAUCCCAUCGCUUUUUCUGGGUGUGGUUGUGCUGGGUCUUCUGAUGGAAGUGAAUUCGAUUUUCCUCCACUCCCGAUCUCUUCUGAAUCUCUACAGAGUCUCCAAAGAAUCAACUGCCUUCAAAUUUGUGGCCCUUCUCAAUGUUCUAACGUUCAUGGCGUUCCGUAUGGCCGUUUCCCUAUACCUAGUCUACUGGCAGAUCACGAAUGGCUGGUCCUUGGAAUGGUACUUCACUCUGCUUACUUUCGUGGUCAUCUUCUCCUUGUUGACCACAAAUACCGUUCUCUGUUAUCGAGUUCUGGCCGCUGAUGGCUUGCUUGGAGCACGCCGGGCCAGGCCUCCAAGUCAAAGAACUGAGACCAAAUCAAGUGAAGAAGACGAGGAAUUGGAUGCUGAUGAUGAAGACGACGAAGAAGAUGGGGAAACCGACACGGACGCAGCUCGCAUCAAACGGCGGACUAGUCAAUCAGCAGCCACCCAAACGAAUGGUGCAGAUGCCGGCCAGGCCGAGCCUGUAGUUGUUGUACACCAACCGUAA